CCUUCUUCUUCAUUCACUCCCCUCAUCUCUCCCUCUCUCUCAAUAAUCAAAGAAGAUGAUGAAGAUCUCGCGCUUGUCGGUUCUUGCUUCGUUUCUUGCAAUUUUUCUCGCCGGUUUCUCCGCCUUAGGACAGCCUCUUGUCCCGGCGCUGAUCAUAAUGGGAGACUCGGUGGUCGAUGUCGGAAACAACAAUAACCUCAACACUCUCGUCAAGGCUAACUUCCCUCCUUACGGUCGUGAUUUCGCCUCCCACAUUCCCACCGGCCGCUUCUGCAACGGCAAACUCGCCACCGACUUCACCGCUGACUUUCUAGGGUUUCCAUCGUACCCUCCUGCGUACCUUAGCCGAGAAGCAAGAGGGAAGAACUUGUUGACAGGAGCCAAUUUCGCCUCCGGAGCCUCCGGUUUAGACGACGGAACCGCCCGGAUAUAUAAUGCAAUCUCACUGAAUCAACAGCUGAACAACUACAAAGAAUACCAAAGCAAAGUGACGAGCAUGGUGGGAAGAGCACGAGCCAACGAGAUUUUCGCAGGCGGGAUUCAUCUUCUAAGCGCGGGAUCGAGUGAUUUCAUCCAAAACUAUUACAUCAAUCCGAUCCUUAACCGGGUUUACACUCCUGAUCAGUUCUCCGAUCGUCUCAUGAACUCCUACGCCACCUUAGUCCAGAAUCUAUACGGUUUAGGGGCAAGAAAGAUCGGGGUGACAACGUUGCCGCCGUUGGGUUGUUUACCGGCGGCGAUCACGUUGUUCGCCGGGGCAGGGAACAACACGUGCGUGGAGAGACUAAACCGGGAUGCGGUUUCUUUCAAUACCAAACUCAACAACACGUCUAUGUACUUAACCAACAAGCUUCCCGAUCUGAAACUCGUUGUCUUUGACAUCUACAACCCUCUCUUAGCUAUGAUCUCUAAUCCGGCAGGAAACGGGUUUUUCGAAGCAAGAAGAGCAUGUUGCGGAACGGGCACGGUCGAAACCUCGUUUCUAUGCAACGAAAGAUCGGUCGGAACGUGCUCGAAUGCUACCAAUUAUGUGUUUUGGGACGGUUUCCACCCUUCCGAGGCGGCGAAUCAAGUUCUGGCCAACGAUCUUUUAGUUCAAGGAAUCUCCCUCAUUUCUUGAAAACCCUAAAUUUAAGAGAUGAUACCAAUGCUUAUGUAACCGAUUUUACAUUGAUAUGGAAAAAGAUUGUUCUAUA